UGUGGAAGGGCAGAGCUGAUGCGGACCCCCCUCCUGCCGGGAGGGGGUCAGCCGCCUGCAUCCAGUGUGAUUGCAUUAGGCUUCCUCAGAGCGACCGGCGCCGACUGCACUCCCCAGCAGCGCGUGCACGCCCCCCUCAGCCCCGGUGAUGCAUCCCCGCAGCAAGGGCACGCACAACUCCCGCGCAGAGUCCCGCCGACUUUAGGAUGGUGCAGAAGCCUCUGAACGGGGGGGUGUACCCAGCUCAAGCCGAGGAGAAGAAGCACAAAGUGGGGUUCGUGGGCUUGGACCCGGGGGCUCCCGACUCCAGCAGGGAUGGGGCGCUGCUCAUUGCGGGCUCGGAGAGCUCCAAGCGGGGUAGCAUCCUCAGCAGACCGAGGUCCAGCGUCUCCGCCGGGAGACCCCGACCGUCCAAGAAGAACGCCAGCUACCGGAAGCUGCAGAAUUUCCUUUACAAUGCGCUGGAGAGACCGCGCGGAUGGGCGUUCAUCUACCACGCUUAUGUCUUCUUCUUGGUUUUCUCCUGCCUCAUUCUCUCAGUUUUUGCCACCAUCCGAGAGUUUAAAGACAGUUCAGAGAACGCUCUGUACAUCCUGGAAAUCGUGACGAUUGUGGUGUUCGGGGUGGAGUACAUCGUCAGGAUCUGGGCUGCGGGAUGCUGCUGUCGCUACAGAGGAUGGAGGGGGAGGCUGAAGUUUGCCCGGAAACCCUUCUGUGUCAUAGACAUCAUGGUGUUGAUUGCCUCCGUGUCUGUGCUGGCCGCCGGAUCUCAGGGGAACGUUUUUGCCACGUCGGCCAUCAGAAGUCUGAGGUUCCUGCAGAUCCUGCGGAUGCUGCGCAUGGACCGGCGUGGAGGCACCUGGAAGUUACUGGGAUCUGUAGUUUACGCCCACAGCAAGGAGCUCAUCACAGCCUGGUACAUCGGAUUCCUGUGCCUCAUUCUGGCUUCAUUCCUGGUCUAUUCUGUGGAAAAGGAGUCGAAUGAAGAGUUUGAGACCUACGCUGAUGCUCUGUGGUGGGGGCUGAUCACGCUCACCACCAUCGGCUACGGCGAUAAAGUCCCCAAAACCUGGAAUGGGCGUCUGCUGGGGGCCGCGUUCAGCAUGAUAGGCGUGGCCUUCUUUGCUCUUCCUGCUGGCAUUUUAGGUUCUGGUUUUGCCCUGAAGGUUCAGGAGCAGCACAGACAGAAACAUUUUGAAAAGAGGCGGAACCCUGCAGCUGGCUUCAUCCAGGCUGCUUGGAGGUUUUAUGCGACCAACCUCUCACGCACAGACCUGCUGAGCACCUGGGAGUUUUACGAACAGACUGUGGCUCUGCCGAUGUACAGAAUUAUCCCCCCCCUGAAUCAGAUGGAUCUGCUAAGGAAUCUGAAGGGCAAGUCAUUCAGGAAGGAGUCUCAAACAGAAACCUCGCCCAGUUAUGAACAUGCACACAAAGACAGACUUUGUGGGUGCUGCCCGAGAAACAUUAGUCGAAAGCCAAGUCUGAAGGAAAAGGUGUUUCCUAGUCCUUCCAAAGCCCCCGUUGGAAAAGGUACAGAAGAUGGAGCUGAGGCGAGCCCCAGCAAGCCCUGGGGCUUCCCCGAGAAGAACCGAGGGCAGAAGCAUGCCUUCAGAGUCCGGAGCGGAGCGGGUCGACAGAACUCGGAGGUCCUGAUUGAAAUGCAGGAUGAAGACUUUGGACUGAAGAGUUCUCCAGCAAUUGAAGGUUUAAUAAAGGCAAGCCUCCCCGGAGAAGAAAUCGGAGAUGACAAGAGCUGUAACUGUGAGUUUCUGGCUCAGGAGUUACCACCAGGACUGAAGGUGACCAUCAGAGCAAUCUGUGUCAUGAAGUUCAUGGUCUCAAAGAGGCGGUUCAAAGAGAGCUUACGACCGUAUGAUGUCAUGGACGUGAUCGAGCAGUACUCUGCAGGACAUCUUGAUAUGCUGUGUCGCAUCAAGAACCUGCAGUCCAGAGUUGACCAGAUAGUUGGUAAAGGGCCCAAAGUGGACGGAGAGGCUCCAGACGACCAGAGCAUGAUGGGACGUCUGGUCAAAGUGGAGAAACAGGUGGUCUGUAUGGACAGAAAACUGGAUUUCCUGGUGAAUGUUUACACGCAGCGUAUGGGCAUUCCUCAUUCUGAAACAGAGGCCUUCUUCAACUCCAAAGAGCCGUAUCCGGCCCCGCCUUACCAAAGCCUACUGGAUAUCAAGGAGGAGAAAAAUGGCAAAGAGGAGGUGAAGGAGCUGGUGAAGGUAAAGACGUACUCCGCACCGGAUGUCCCGUGCUCUGAUGGGCCUUUGGAAAGGAACGAUCCUCUCCUCGGUCAGCCAGUGCCAAGGUCCGUGAGCACUCCAUCUGGCAGCAACAGCCGCCCCUCUACCUCCUGGAAGCACCAGCUGCAGCACCCCCUGAGCCAGCCUGCCUGGGGCAGCAGCAUGGCCAACACCCCCUCACCACUUGGUUUCAGCGGGGAUCGUUCUCCCAACCUGUUCCGCCUCCCCCCUCCGCCUGCACCGUUGCACGACCGGUCGUCCUCUGGUCACGGCGGCAGCAGCAGGGAGACCGCCUCCCAGAGCCGGAGGCGCCACAGGAAGCAGAGGUGUCAACAGGACGCCGCCGCCGCCGCCGCCGUGGAGAGUGACACGUCUCUCUCCAUCCCAUCUGUCGACCACGAGGAGCUGGAGCGCUCCUUCAGCGGGUUCAGCAUCUCUCAGGCCAAGGAGGACUUCUUUGGACCUCCUUUCUUCACCGGCUCAGGAGGGGGCGGAGCCGCCGGGACGGAGGCCGGAACCGGGCAUUCACUGUGUGCCAGGGUCAGACCCUUCAUCGCCGAGGGGGAAUCGGACACAGACUCUGACCUGUAUGCUCCCUCCCCUCUGUCCUUCACCGGGGAGGUGUCAUGUGGAGAGAAGGGAUGGCCAGGACUGAAAUAAGCCUGAGGACUCCUGCUGGGAAGACGGAGCGACUGAUUGACAGAGGCGGCCCCACCAGCAGACACUCCGGUCAUGAGGAGGGUUUUGGUUUCACGAGAGCUUCAGCUGAAGAGGAUACAACUCUAACCUCAUACGAAAGAGCGCUUCCUCCUUUAUUCUACACAUCAUUUGCUGAUUCUUCUACAGCUUAGAUGGGUUCAUUUGAAUAUUUUAAGAUGUUUAGGCCUUUAUCAUUCAAAUAGAAAUUUAAGAUAAUUUGGAUAAUUAUUAUCUGUUAAAACAUUAUAAAGCACUUUUUUAUGACGACAACUUCAUUAUUCAAGGAGUUUGUAGAGAUUUUAUCACAAGAUUGUCUGGAAGUCUGAGUCUUACAACAGUUUAAGACGUCACGAUUGGAUUUUUGCUACACGGAUAAAGAUGUAAAGGUGAAUGCUUUCUGUCCACAUCGGUUCACGACUACAGGAAACUGUCCCUGGAAAGGACACUGACCAGUCCAUGAACUGGUGAACGUCUUGCAUGGCAUGUUUAAAGGUUGACUGUUAGAGCAGUGAUGAGCAGGCUAGAAACCAAAUAUUAGCAAAAAAAUAUAAAUACAUCUGCUUUAUAACAGUUUACCCAGAGAAAAGGUGAAACAUAAAAUGCACGACUGGUUUCAGGCUACACUGUUUUUGAUGUUUCUAUAGGAUUUUGCUUGAAUUCCAAUGAUAUAUCAGCUUGUAGGGCAAUUACCCUUCUUUUUGGGGCAAACAUGUAUGCCGUUUUUGUGCUGUCUGCACAUGGACAACAUUAGGGGCUGGAUCUGAUGCUAGCUAGUAGGAUUUGUAUGUCAUCUCAUGACACGCUCAGAGGAAAUCGGAUGUUUGCUGUUUCUCAUGCGGACACAUGGUUUGCAAAGAUCAGAUUCCUCAAUACUGUGACAGCAGUGCAUCAAACGAGGAAUUGCAAGUCAGCCAAGAAGCUUCAUCUUUAUCUUAGCAUUUUUAACAUUUCAUAAAAGCAAACAUACAUUUUGUAGAAAUUGUGGGACAAAAACAUUUUAGAUGGAGUUGAUUAACUUGUAUAAAAGGACACAAUGUUGAGGCAAAGCUGCUUCAGUAAAGACUGUUUAACCAUAAACUACAUUUGCUUAAAAAACCUAAAACUAAAAAAAAGAGACAAACUUUGCAGCAUGUUUUAUAGAACCAGCUGGAAGGCCUGAAAGAUUUUUCCAUGACAGCAGAUCCUCGUUCAACACCAUGUAACUGCACCCUCAUCUUCUUUGACAAAUAAACUUUAUACAUUACUGACACUUUUCUGUCCUUUUUA